AGUGCUUCUCCACUCACAACUUCACUCGCGGCAGCCACCUCAGGUUCUCCUUUUCUCCCUUCUGCAAUCUCACAUUCUCAUUUUUCCUACCAUUAUUUUCAUUAUCUUUUCACAUUUAUUCGUUGAUUUCACUCUCCAUUUCUCUAUUCGUUGUUCUCACGUAGUAUUUUGCAUUUCCGAACCUGAAUGCGUUAAUAAUUGCAAUAACGAAAGCGAUUUGUUUUCUAACUUCUUUUGUUCUUAUUUAUUGGAUAGAUUACUCACUUUUUCUUAUGUUUUUCUUUUUAAGGAGGAGAAGGAUGUCUCACAGGAAGUUCGAACACCCAAGGCACGGUUCACUGGGAUUUCUCCCUAGGAAGCGUGCUGCUCGUCACAGAGGAAAAGUGAAGGCAUUCCCCAAGGAUGACCCAACCAAGGCACCCAAGCUCACUGCAUUCUUGGGUUACAAGGCUGGUAUGACUCACAUUGUUCGUGAGGUCGAGAAGCCGGGAUCAAAACUUCACAAGAAGGAGACUUGCGAGCCUGUUACAAUUAUUGAGACCCCUCCAAUGGUUAUAGUUGGUGUUGUGGGUUAUGUGAAAACUCCUCGCGGUCUGCGCACUUUGAACACUGUAUGGACUCAGCAUUUGAGUGAGGAAAUCAAGAGAAGGUUCUACAAGAACUGGUGCAAGUCCAAGAAGAAGGCUUUCACCAAAUACUCAAAGCAGUAUGAAACAGAAGAAGGGAAGAAAAAUAUUGAGGCACAGCUUGAGAAAUUGAAGAAGUAUGCUACUGUUGUCCGUGUUUUGGCUCACACUCAGAUCAGGAAAAUGAAGGGGUUGAAACAAAAGAAAGCCCAUAUCAUGGAAAUUCAGGUUAAUGGUGGGACUAUUGCUCAGAAGGUGGACUUUGCAUACAGUUUCUUUGAGAAGCAGGUUCCUAUUGAUGCUGUGUUCCAGAAGGAUGAGAUGAUUGAUAUCAUAGGGGUGACCAAGGGUAAGGGUUAUGAAGGUGUUGUCACCCGUUGGGGUGUUACCCGCCUUCCCCGUAAGACUCACAGGGGUUUGAGGAAGGUGGCAUGUAUUGGUGCCUGGCAUCCUGCUAGAGUUUCCUUCACUGUUGCCAGGGCUGGUCAAAAUGGAUACCACCACAGAACUGAGUUGAACAAGAAGAUCUACAAGCUUGGCAAAGGUGGAGAUGAGUCUCACACUGCUAUUACUGAGUUCGAUAGGACUGAGAAAGACAUUACACCAAUGGGUGGUUUCCCACACUAUGGUGUUGUGAAGGAUGAUUAUCUCAUGGUCAAGGGAUGCUGUGUUGGUCCCAAGAAGAGGGUUCUUACAUUGCGCCAAUCCCUGCUGAAGCAGACUUCUCGUGUUGCACUGGAGGAGAUCAAACUCAAGUUCAUUGACACCUCUUCAAAGUUUGGGCAUGGCCGCUUCCAGACAACACAAGAGAAGCAAAAGUUCUAUGGACGCCUCAAAGCAUAAUUAUGCGAAUUGGAUUGAAGUGCUGGAACGUACUUUUAGAAUUAUAUUCCGUUACCCAUCUGUUUUAAACUUUGUAGUGUUUCCGUUUGACGUUAUGGAUCCAUCCUUGGUUAGUGAGUUUUUCCCCUAUAAUUGUGCCAACUUUUGUUUCAAGGAAGAUUGAUGGUGGUGUCUCAACUUCAAAUUUUGUUUAUGAUUUGUACCUUUUUUUUAUGAUUUUAUAUUUUCUGUUUUUAAGGAAUUAACG